UGUUGUGCAAGGGCACAUGACGCAUCUCGCACUGUUAUGAGCUCAGACAGAAGAAGUGGACAGAACUGGAAAGGACCGGUAUAAGCUUGAAUUGCUGUUGGAUGUCGCUAGUUGUAGCUUAUAUUUGAUCACAGUAUGUGGUGUUUAUUUGAACUUUGAUUGUCAGAAAGCGAGUAGACAGCGGGGUUAGUGCACUGGUGUGCAUUGCUUUUGGAGAGCGGUCCGAAUCAGCUGCAACGUACAAACACAUGGCCUUAUCGCUGAGUUUAACUGGUGGCGAUUGAACAGCAGCGUUGAAGAUGGCGUCUUCUCCUCCAGGAUGUCACUGUGUCCACCUGUUAGGGAUCAUGGGAACCUUGAUUGCCCUGAUGACAAUUCUGCAUGCAGGCCUCGCUACCACACUUGAUGUAAAGAAAAUAAAUGGCACAUUCAACACAACUGUGAACUUGUCUUGUCAGAGGCCUUGUGAUGGUGAUGUCAAGUGGAUCAAAGCCAGACCUGUUCCUUUCAAAACAAUUGUUAUCUGUAAAGAUGGACAUUGUACUGUCGAAGACAAAGAUUUUAAGAACAGAAUAGAAUCUGUUCUCUCUGGGAACAUCUCCCUCUUGCUCUACCAAGUGGCACUCGGAGAUGAAGGAUGGUAUGAAGGCUACUGUGAUGACCAAGUCAUUUGUGAUAUCAUACUGAGCCUUUUACCUCGUUACAGCAGUGUGGAGGUUGGGGUAAAUGAUACUCUGAUCAUCGGUCUUCUAAGUUCAGAGCUUGUCAGAGUGACGUUUCGUGAGGCCGGGCUGAGUAACUCCACUGAUAAGUCGGUGUGCUUCGUGGAGGAAGCUGUGCCCUUCUGCGACAGCGAAUACGCCAGGAGAUGUUCUGUCCAGAAUGACUUUGUGGUGUUUUCUGGUGCGAAUCAAUCUGAUGUGGGAGUUUUCACUGUGACCCAUAGCAAAACCAAGAGAGUUCUCAACACCGUCAAUGUUAUGGUCAAAGAUGACUUGACAAAAAAAGCUAAUGAAGAUGUUGGUACUUCCAAGAACAUUGUAUCAGGGACUUGUCUGCUCAGUACUCCGUGGGAUUUUGUUGCUUGUGGAAGUUGCUUUUUCUUGGGCCUGUUCUUCUGUUCUUUUAAAGCCUGGGCAGAAAGAGCAUAUGGUAAAAUUGCAAGAUGUGUACAGAAGAGGAGAAAUGGGCAUCUUACUACAACCAACCCAAAUUGUUCCACGGAAGCAGAGGAGAAAUAUAAUUUAGCAGGUGAAGGAAACACACCUGAGAACUCCAAAUGAAGGGUCCUUGGAUGAUUAAUGGAUAGACGAUGACUUCCUCAUCAGAGGGUGGUCCUUAAAAGCAACCCACACAAAUUGGUGCACGUAUACAAGUGAUUUGCCGUACAGAUUUGCCUUAAGUCAUUACUCAAGGAGUAAUUUUUCAAAAUGCUGUAUACAGGCUAAAGCUGUAGGGGAAGCUCUGUAACAGGCGAAAAAGAAAAGCAAAAGCGAAACAGGCGAUGAAAUCGUAGUUUCACCCCUGUGUUCUAACGCACUACAAUUGUUAUAUUUUACUACAGUUACAGUUGUUUAUGUAUCAUGUGUUCUAUUGUGAUAAGUAAUGCCAAAGAUCGUAUAGUUACAAACCGUCUCUGGUAAUGCUGUACUGUGAACACUCCAAGGGACUUUGAUAAGUCUAAUACGUUUACCUGCUAUAGUUACAGUUCAGGGUGGCCGCGGCUCCUUGAAAAGUUGUAGAUCACUUUUCCUAAAAAUAAGGCCUUAAAAAUAAUUAUAUUGUCUUACAUUCAGAUUGUAUGGGUUUUAAAUGUUGUUUUGGUCAUGUCACUGUGAAAAUGCAGGCAAUCUGUUCUGCCAGGUCGAAUAUUCUCUGUAUGCCCUGCGUCUACUGCACUUUUGAGUCUAAUUAUCGUAUGGCUGGUGCCUCGUCAGCUAGUUUGAUCAAUGAAUUGAUCAAACUGACAGAAAAAAGAAAACCAAAGCUUCACAAUCAGGGAGGAUGCUUGCUAAAAUUGACAUUGUUCUUUCGAUAUUGCUUGACAUGCCAUAGUUAUUGUUAUUAUAUGAUGGAUUGAAUGGCUUUAUUGUUUAUUUACUAUUCUCUCAUAUUCAUUGUUUAUUUUCUUUACGUUUGCUUGAAUUGAUAUUGUUUAUUGUUUAUAUUGCUAUUCUCCCUAGUUCUCACCAACUUUUUAUUUGUAUUGCACUUUGGACACAGGCAUCUGCCAAAUACAGUAGCAUACCCAUAACCAUUUGGGUCAUAUUUUUGGCUGUUAACCCUAAGCUCCAGUUAAGUGUGCUAGACUGAGUUUUUAAUUUAAACGUUUAAGAUCUAUGAAUGGUAAUGGUAAAUGGACAUUUAGCACUUUUAUCCUCAUUUCAUCAAUAUACACAAUAACCCAACACUCCAUGAAAAAAAGUGUGUUUGGAGUGUUCUGUGAAUUUAUAAAAAAAAGAAGUCAGACCCUUUGUUAUGAGCUCUGGUGCAUCCUACUUCCAUCAAUAGUCCUUGAGAUGCUUCUACAACUCAAUGAGAGUCCACCUGUGCCUAAAUUAAUUCACUGGCCAUUAUUAAGUGAGGCACACAUCUAACAUGUAUGCAUUUUGCAUAGCGGGCACGCUUUUUGACCUCGUAUGCUUGGAACGAUUCCAUGCUCUAAACUACGCAUUUUCAUUUGAUCUCGCAUUUCAGUUUCAGUGAAGUUGUCACUGAAGUCGAUUCUGACGAGAUACAGAGCUACAGCCAUAGAUAUACUGUGUAUAUAUAUAUAGAAUUUACAAGGUCUAAUUUCGGUAGAGACCAUGCUGCCAUAGCCUACAAAGCUGUGGUUGAAAGCAGUUAUUUUUGAAGACUAAAGAUCAUUUGACCAUGAAUCAACUGAUUAUGUAAUAUGUCUGUAUUUUGUGAUUGUUGAAUGAUGGUGUUACAUUGCUGAGACAAUAAGUCACUUUAUGUAAACUAUGGUGGUGGCAUACGGUUGCCCAUUGCUGUCACACUAAACAAGUGAAAGUAUCUUGUUAAAAAAUAUCUUUUUCACGUUUGAACAAGAUAAGUAUUGUGUUAUUACAUGAAAUGAUCACAUUAUUUCAUGAUAAUGAUAUUUUCAAAUUAUAUUUUCAUUGAUAACUGAAAUGUUAUUUCAAGAUAUGAU